AUGAAACUAUUAGGUAAUUCAACGAUAAACAAAUAGUUGAUAGACGUGCUACUGCGAAGGAUUUGAUUGUGUUAUUUUGUGAAACGAGGUUUGUUUUAUUAGAUUAGUUGCUUAUGUCGUUCGUAUACAGAGAUUUCUUAUCACGAACAUGCGUAUUUUACACAUACGAUUGGUAACGAAAUACUUUUAUUGAAUAGAGCGUGGUUUAACGAAGCAUGAACAGGUAGAAGAGGAAUAGUCUGAUAAUAGUAAUAACUAAAUACAGCCGAAAGUUUUCGUUUUUGCAUGUAUGAGCUUAAGCUGUGAAUUUUUUUGAAGCAUGUACUUUAAUUUUGUCACCAAUCUAUUGAUCUUAAUGAGUGAUCUUAAUGUUCAGAUGCAGUCGCGGUUGCCAAAGCCAAAAAUCAAUUUGUCAAGUAUAAUCAAUAACACGGUAAACCCUAGCGUGGAGAAGAGUGACCAGAAGAUGACAAAGAAUCAAAAUGACCUGCUGCCUCAUGCAAGUUCUAACGGUAUUUCUAAUAAAUUGGAAAAGUCUCAAAGCACAAUGAAUAUCACAAAGUGUACAAAUGAAAAUAAACUUCCACCGGCCAAACAAACUUUCACCAGAUCAAAGACUAUGUCUUCCAUUAGCACUAAGGCUGUAAAGAGACCAGCCAUUGCUCCUAUUACACAUGGAGAAACCAAGAAACCAACUUUUGCCAAGCCUCCUGUUAAAACGACGAUUACACAACGAACUGGUGCUACAUUGAGAAAUAAUGUUACCAACAAAUCUAGUCGGAACACUGCAGCACAGAAAGUACAAAGUACUAAUAUUACCAAACCUUCUAAAUGGGACUUGAAGGGUCAAUUAGCCCACAAGACUGACGAGUUAUCUAACGUGCGACAAAAGUACAAGGAAACCAAAGCAGAAAACGGUGAACUACAAGAACAGGUGAACACGUUGAAGGCAAAUGAAAAUGUCUACAAACUGAAGGCAGAAGAAUAUGAAAAUUUGAAUAAAACAUUGGACAACGAGCUGAAAGAAUUAAAAGUAGAAAUGAAUAAAUUGCAGAAAGAAAAAGAAAGUUUAACAGAACGUCUGAAAGAGUCAGAGAAAUCGUAUAAAAAUGUUUCAGAUAUGUUGGUAGAGGUUCGACAAAAAUGUUCCUCUCAAGAGUCACUACUGUCCAAACACGAAUUGGUAAUAGAAGAUUUAAAAGCUAAUUUGGAGGUUGAGAAGAAGAUGAAUAAGGAAUUAAGUACAGUUAAAAGUGAUUUGCAAACAUUGGUUCACACAAUGGACAAAGAUCGUAGAGUCCUCCAUAAUGCAAUACAAGAACUGAAAGGAAACAUCAGGGUAUUUUGCAGAGUUCGUCCUAGGACUCCAAACGAACUUGGAAAAGCGAUGUGUAAUAUGAAUUUCAUAGAUGAAUGUACUAUUGAAGUGGGAAAAUUUGAUGGAUCUGAUUCAGUUAGUUGUAGUGGAAGGCCAAGACUAACCAAGCAAGAAUUUUCUUUUGACAAGGUUUUUCCUCCAACUACUAGUCAGGAAGAUAUUUUUGAAGAAUUAGCCCUGUUGGUUCAAUCUGCCUUAGAAGGAUAUAAUGUCUGUGUGUUUGCAUAUGGCCAGACUGGUUCUGGAAAAACAUAUACUAUGGAAGGUUUACCAGGCCUUGAAAAGGAGGGCAUGAUACCUAGAACAGUGAGACAUAUAUUUCAAGAAAUGAAAGAAUUUCAAUUGCUUGGUUGGCAAUAUCGAAUAGAAGCAAGUUUCCUUGAGAUUUACAAUGAACAUAUUGUCGACUUGCUCGAUUCUCAACCAAAGACACAUGAAAUUAGAAUGGCUGAUAGUAAAGGGCACGAUUUGUACGUCAGUAAUCUCAGAGUAGAGGAAAUUAAUAGUCCUGAAGAAUUGCACGAAUGUCUUUUAACAGCGCAACGUAAUAGAGCAGUUGCGGCUACUCUGUCAAACGAACGCUCGUCAAGAUCGCAUUCAGUAGCAAGAAUAAAACUUAUAGGGACACAUCAAUCAAAGGAAGAGGUUUCAGUAGGAAACUUGAACUUAGUUGACUUAGCGGGAUCUGAAAGAUUGAAAGGAGAAGAAUCGGCACGAUUGACAGAGACAAAAAAUAUUAAUAAAUCGCUGGCAAAUUUGGGCAAUGUUAUUCUGGCCCUUUUAAAAAAGCAGGAACACAUUCCGUAUAGAAAUUCGAAACUCACUCAUUUAUUAAUGCCGUCUUUAGGUGGCAAUUCAAAGACUUUAAUGUUACUGAACGUAUCUCCUUUAGACGAAUGUUACAAUGAAACAUUGAAUUCAUUAAGAUUUGCUAGCAAUGUAAACAGUUGCAAACCAGGUAAUGCAAAAAGAACGCGAUUAGUUUUACAAAAUAGCGCAUAA